AUGAGAGUGACUUGGUCUUGUUUAUCGGUUCUUGCUAUCACAGCAUCUUCGUUUGCUUCUGCUAUUCGUCAGUUCCGUGUUGAUGUCUAUCCACCUGAUGAAGAUCAUGCUGAAAUUCGUCUUUGCCUUAGCGUCAAUGAGUGCAAAUUUGCAUGCACACAAUUCUUUGACGGCGAAGAAGGCACAAUAGCUAAACUUGAUGCUGAAAACUGUCUCAAUCAAGAUGAUUAUGAGCCGGCUGUUAUUUUCCCAAAGAUUGGUAGUACUACUAUACCUGGUGUAUUGUUCGGAGAAAGUUCUGGUGGACCUAUUAAAUGUAUUAACGGCGGAAAAGAUAAAGUAGAUGGACAUAGCUACUAUAAUUGUCCCGCCCAUGGUGAAUCAACCACUACAACAGCCACUACAAAAAUUACUGCUACAGAAGCUGCUACUAUUACAGACACUGCAAGCACAACUACUAAAGAAUCUGACACUAUCACAACAACAAUCACAACCACUGCAGAGCAUAAGACCACCACCACAACAACUAUAGAGCCAGCGACUACUUCCAAGUCUACCACUACCACUAUUACAACAACUUCCAAAACUACUACCACAACCACCAAAACUACAGCUACAGCUAUUAAUCCUACAUCAACAACAACAUCAGCAACAUCAACAAAAAAGACUACAACUACAACUACAACUACCAAGCCUACAACAACAUCAACAACAUCAACAAGAAAGACCACAACUACUACUAAGCCCACAACAACAUCAACAAAGAAGACUACGACUACCAAAAAGACUAUAACCACUACCAAACCCACGAUGACUACCACCAAAAAACUAACAACUACAACAACGAAAAAAACUACAACCACUACUAAGAGAACUACAAGUACGAAACCAAAUAGUACACCUACUGCUACACCUGCUUCUAGUUGUACUAGUGGCUAUAGUGGCAAGAAAAAUGGCAAUGGUCCUAAGAACGCUUGUUGUCUCACUGAAAGUGAUUGUAAGCAAGACUGUGUCAAAGGAAAGUGUACCUAA